AGAGUAUGCUCCGAACCAUCAUUAGCCAUCAACUCAUCUUCUUUACACUUGGUUGUCAGCCCGUAUCAUUCAGCUUCUAGACCUUUUUGCGAGUUUCAUUUCAAAGAACAAGAUGCAUUUCUCUCAGGUUUUCAUUGUAAUAAUGGUACUCUUCGGCUACGCCUAUGCAGUUGGAUAUGGUGGUGGCGCAGGAAGCUAUGGAGGUGGAGCAGGCAGUUACGGAGGCGGAGCUGGUACUUCAUAUGGAGGAGGAGCAGGAGGUGGUUAUGGAGGAUCAAACUUACCUCCACAACCAUACAACUUCGAUUACCAAUCACGCGAUGAACAAGGUAAUGUCCAUUACCGUAACGAACAAGGAGAUGCUAAUGGAGGUGUGAGCGGUACCUACGGCUACACAGAUAAUCAAGGACUCUACAGAGUUGUUGAAUAUAUCGCUGAUGCUGGUGGAUUCCGAGCCAAUAUUAGGACCAAUGAACCUGGCACUGACGGUAAGGAAAGCCCAGCUGAUGUGCAAGUAAUUGCUGAGCAACCCCCUGCCGGUAUACAAGAUCGAUACACCCGAGUUGGAGGUCACGGAGGUGGGAGUGGAAGAGGUGGAGCUCCAGGUGGAGGUUAUGGAGUAGCUCCAGGUGGAGGUUAUGGAGGAGCAAAACAAGGGAAAAGCAAAUAUUAAAUAACGAAGAUGUUUCGAGUAUUCAUCUGAUGAUCGCUGAAGCCCUUGUUGCAGUCUAUGAAAUCCAAAUAUUCCAUGAAAACAUUUUAAUAGAAAUUAUGUAUUUUAAAUAAUUUUAAUAAUCAUUUAAUGUUUAUAGAAGUUAUUUUCAUUUUAAGAAAGAGAAUAAUAUAUACUUUUGUAUUUUUAUUUAGAAAAUUAUAUUUGUAAAUAUUUGUAGUAACCUACUUUUUUUCCUCUCAUUUGCUUAGAAUAUUUGGAUUGGACAUUAGGGGUUUGAAAUGUUAUUUAUUCUUCAUCCUUAUGGCGAGAUGUAUGCAUGUUUUAAGAAGUUUGUAUUUUAGUGAUCUUCAGUGUUAAACAAUAUGUUUUUCUGAGUUUCAUCUCGAAUUUUCUCGAAAAUGGAGAUUUAUUAAGAAUUAAAACCAUUACAUUUAGUCUUACAUCUCACAUAUGUACUGCUUGAUAAGGGAUGGAUGGCCGCCAUGGGCAUUAAAAUAUUUUGUUUUAUUAGAAUGGUAUUGCAUUGACGUUGGCCGCAAUUUCUUUGCUAUUAUGAAAAGCUGCGUUUCCUGUAACAUAGUUUUCGACUGUGUGCAUUAUAUGUUUAUUAUGUUAAAUGAAUGCCUAAUACAAAAAGUAUGUAUAUUUAUUUUGUGCUGUUUGUAAUAAAAAGCAUAUUUUAAAAUUAAA